AUGGCCUUGAGGCACACAAAAUUGGCACUUUAUAUUACAUUUAAAUGUCAAAAAUUACUUUAUUUUGUUGUGGAUUUGUGGCACACAAAAGGGCAUGUUGUGGAUUUGUGGACUUAUGGAUUUGUGCCUUUCACUUCGCUAGUGUUGAUCGGCGCAAGUGCCUACUGGCAGGCGCAAACCACCCAGGCAUUGGGUCACGCUGAGGCAGCCACCAAGGCACUGGGUUACGGUGAGCUAGCCACCAAGGCAUUGGGUCACGCCGAGGCAGCCACCAAGGCAUUGUCGUUCAGCAAUAAUCUCGACCGACAGACACUCUGCUUGCCAAGUGACUCUCAGCGAGGACUUCUUCCGCUUACCGUUUCCAUUGGUAGAGUUCUACUCAGCUAA